AUGUCAAAACCUAUAAGGCAUUUAGAAAAACCACACUCACAUUUAAGUGUCCAUAACUCACCGUCACAAGCAAACUCAUCUUUUUCUUCUCCACAGCGAUCAAACUCAAAGCCUCCAUCAAGCUCAUUCCAUAUUCCUUCAUACUUGGGAGUACCAAAAAAAAAUCGAUAUAAAUCCCCUGAAUCGUCUGCGAACCACAGUUACAAUGGCUCGCCUUCUCCUAACAAAAAAUACGAAUUUAACGAAGAAAUGAUCAACUCUGCCACCAAAGCUUUAUUAGAUAUAAAAGAUGAGCCACAACAAAAAGACAAUAAUCCCCAAUUGCAAGAUUAUCUAUAUUUUAUCUGCAUAAAUGGCUCUAUUGAAUGCCAAUUAAUUGUUUUUCUCUUUGAAAAAUUUCUAAAAAAUAAAUUGAGUCAUUCACUUAUAUGAAAUAUAAAACAAAUUCGAAGUAAAAUGGAUUACUAUCGAAUGAAAUCUAAAAAUUUGGAAAAGGAAAAUAGUAAGCUUAAAGAAGAUAUUUUGAAAUAUCCAAGUACUGAAUCGUCCACCAUUUCUGGGAGCUCUGAAAGGUGAGAAAAGGAAAAAUAUCAUCCAAGUGAAGAAUUAAAAAAAAUAGAAAAAGAAAUGAGAGCACAAGAAGAAAACUUAAAGCUUAAGCUUGGAAAUGAAAUAGUAAGUUUAAAAAAAAUCAUCAGCGAAAAAGACCAAAAAAUCCAACAACUAGAGCUUGAAUUACAAAAAUUAAAAGUCAUACCAAACUCACACGAAAUCUACCAAAUUGCAAAAAAAUUCCAAGAAGAAAACCAAAAGCUAAAAGAAGACGCCAAAGAAAUAAAUUCGAAAAUAUUAGGGAGAUUAGAAUAUGAACAAUUAGAAAAACAGUUUCAAGAAUUAGAAGAUAUGCAAAAUCGACUUAUUAUGGAAAACGACAAUUUAAAGCAAGAGCUAAAAAUUUUAAAUUCUGAUUCAAACCAUUUAGGAAUGAUUUAUUUUGCAAAUGAUGUACAAAAAAUAAAAAAAGAUUUAGGACAAGUUCUAGUUGUACUGGAAACUUUAAAGGAAGGAAAACAGGUUAGCUUAAAAGUGAUUUUGGGACUAGAAGAAAGAGAGGCGAGCAAACAGUCUACAGUGCAGCAAAUUAAUCAGGAUAUUUCGAAUAUUAAAUCGUCGCUGAAUCAAAUAAGGACAAUUAUUGCUGAUUUUCAUGCUGAACAAUGUGGAAAUCAUUCUUGUGCUACACAAUAA